AUGAUUCCAGCCACUUUUAAGCUCUGUGCAGCAAUCUCCUACCAGCAUGUACGAACAGUAACAGGCUUGAGGCAUUCAGCAAUGGCAGCCCUGGGACACAAGCUGAGUCACCUCAGGCUGGGGAACCAAGGGCCCAGCACAUGGGUGGAUCUGGUUCGGAGAAGGAGCUCCCUGAUCAGCUGCAGGCUUGAAGACAGUCCGUAUUCUGAAGCGGAGAUGGCCUAUGUUAAGCAAGGUCAAGAAGCACUGCAUAAAUCCCUCUCCAUCCUCCAGGAUACAAGUGGGUGGAAGACAGAGAUUGAAGCGAUAAACGGUGACAAAGUGGUCAGUAAGAUGCUUCCAGAUAUCGGCAAAGUCUUCAAGCUCGAGGUUGUGAUGGAUAAGCCCACCGAUCUGCUCUACAGUGAGCUGUUCGACAGAGUUGAACAAAUGGGAGAGUGGAACCCAAACAUUAAACAAGUGAAGAUACUGAAGAGGAUUAACAAGGAAACAAUGGUUACCUAUGAGGUUUCUGCGGAAACUGCGGGCAAUGUGAUCAGCCCGCGGGACUUCGUCAGCGUGCGCUAUGCCAAGAGACGUGGCUCAACUUGUUUCCUAGCGGGGAUGUCCACGCACUGCAACCUGAUGCCUCAGCAGAACGGUUUCAUAAGGGGUGAGAAUGGACCAACCUGCAUUGUCCUCCGUCCUUCCGCAGAAGAUCCAAAUAAGACCAAGUUCACGUGGCUCCUGAGCAUCGAUCUAAAGGGCUGGUUGCCCAAGUCUCUCAUCAAUCAGGUCCUUUGUCAAACCCAAGCAGACUUUGCUCAAUGCCUGCGCCAGCACAUGAACUCCAGAGCUGCUGCAAACAGUUACUGA